AUGGCGCAUGUGUACCAGGAGGGGUGGUUACUGAAAAACUAUUAUAAGUGGAGGGCAGAAUGUCCAGAAAUAAGUGCCGAUCUACGCCCUAGAAGUAUCCUUGGCCUUCUGAAGGCCGGUUACCUUGGAGUUCUGAGAGCCAGAGAUCCCACUGGCAGCAAAGUUCUUAUUUACAGAAUCGCACAAUGGGACCCAAAAGUUUUCACAGCUUAUGAUGUUUUCCGUGUAAGUCUAAUCACAUCCGAGCUUAUUGUAGAGGAGGUAGAAACCCAACGGAAUGGUAUCAAAGCUGUCUUUGAUCUAGAAGGCUGGCAGUUUUCUCACGCUUUUCAAAUUACCCCAUCGGUAGCCAAGAAGAUUGCUGCUGUUCUUACAGAUUCCUUUCCAUUAAAAGUUCGUGGUAUCCAUUUGAUAAAUGAGCCAAUAAUUUUUCAUGCUGUCUUUUCCAUGAUUAAACCAUUCCUGACUGAAAAAAUUAAGGAACGGAUUCAUAUGCAUGGGAACAAUUACAAACAAAGCUUACUUCAGCAUUUCCCAGAUAUUCUUCCUCUGGAAUACGGUGGUACAGAAUUCUCCAUGGAGGACAUUUGUCAGGAGUGGACAAAUUUUAUAAUGAAGUCUGAAAAUUAUCUCAGCAGCAUUUCACAGAUCAAUCAAUGA